AUGGUUUGUUCUGCAGCAGAACAAAGAGACACUUGCUUAUUUUACAAAGUACAAGGCUGGUUGGUGCUUGUGCUAGGAGACCUUCACAUCCCGCAUCGAUGCACCAGCCUCCCCGCCAAGUUCAAGAAGCUCCUGGUCCCAGGGAAGAUCCAGCACAUCCUCUGCACGGGAAAUCUCUGUACCAAAGACAGUUAUGAUUACCUGAAGACGCUGGCGGGGGAUGUUCAUGUUGUCAGAGGGGACUUUGAUGAGGGCCUGAGUUACCCAGAGCAAAAAAUUGUGACUGUUGGGCAUUUUAGAAUUGGUCUGAUCCACGGCCAUCAAGUUAUCCCUUGGGGUGAUCCGGCCAGUUUGGCAAUUUUGCAGAGGCAGCUGAAUGUGGACAUCCUCAUUUCAGGGCACACACACAGAUUUGAGGCUCUUGAGCAUGAAAACAAGUUCUUUAUCAACCCUGGGUCAGCCACAGGAGCCUACAAUGCCCUGGACAGAAACAUCAUUCCUUCAUUUGUUCUGAUGGACAUCCAGGCCUCCACAGUUGUAACUUAUGUGUACCAACUUAUCAGGGAUGAAGUGAAGGUGGAAAGGAUUGAAUACAGGAAGUCUUAA